GAGAAAUCAGCUUCAUUGAGAUUUAAAUAACGCGUUAUCUGCUCGAAACUUUGUACUAUCCCCAAUUAAUAGUUACGGUACAAACUCUUAUCAAGUCCAUUUGUCACCAUGGACUCCCACCAAUCGUCAGACGCACACCCUCGAGGCUCAACAUUGAUGGAGAUACUCCACUGGGAUAAGCUCUUUGAAUCCGAUGCACCCCCCAGACUUGGAAUUGAAGUCGGAAGACGUCUACCUUACACUGCCAUGUCGGCAUUUUCAGUUGGCAUGGUCAUUGGAUCGUCUCAUGGAAGUAAAAAGUCAGCAUAUCGCUUCCGUGCCGAAAACGCUCAUCGCUUUCCCACGACAUCGACCGGAUGGUUCCAAUACCACAAAACGAAGAACUACACAGCAAUCGUUGGGGGAGUCAAAGAGGGAAUGAAAAUGGGAUUAAAACUAGGCUUCGGUGCGCUUGCGUUCUGUCUAUUCGAAGAAACAGUGGAUUAUGCCCGGCAUGACCGGAGAGACUUCCUGUCUACAGUGACAGCUGGGUUAUCAUUCUCUGGCAUCUACAGUUUAUUAGCUCGUCACGAUGUUUACACUGCUGCUCGCACGACAAAACUUGGGCUGAAGUUGAGUCUGGUGUACGGCCUUAUGCAGGACGCUCUAGAAUCUUUGAAGGGAAAUCGACCUGCUUACAUUAAUUUCCUUCUGGGAAACCGCCGAUCGAAGACGGAAUGAAGAUUCGACCUAUUCGACCUAUUUGGUCAAGGAGUCGUGAUUCUUGUACCGACAUCUUAGCUCUAACUAGUCUAGAGUCGACAGGAUCUGAUGCACACCGGCGUGCUCCCCGUUUACCAACGGGCCACAGCCGCAUGGAACCCUGCUGUAAGCGAUGAUUCCGAAUCGGCAAGGUCUUUUGGGUCAAGCGCCGCCUCGCACCGACCCAACGGAACACUCUCCACUCCUCCAUAUACGCACCUAGCUUUCACCUGGCCAGAGAUAGUGGCUGCCGCUCCGUGAGAUGGCCAACUCUUCGAACCGAAUUUUUAGUGACAUAGCGAUGAGGCUUUAUUCAUGCAUUGACUGUUGUAACAGCGAUACAGUGAAAACGGGAAAAGCAGGUCUUAAAUUCCAACGUCAGAAUUUUUUUUCUGACAGACUUAGCUUAGGUACUUUACCUACUACCUGGUACCUUAGGUAAAUGCGUGGAAGCUAGGUGCACCAAUCACCGCCAAUAGUAAAAGGUCUUUUGUUGCCUCAGGUAUCAGUGACAAAUUGUAUGGGAUGUCACCUUUGCGCUGCCCCCGUCAUAUCGAGUCGAGGAAACAUAUGUCGUUAGCUUAUGGAAGACGAAAGGUCGCUUUUGCGAAGGUGUCCCUUUUUGAAUACAUACUGGUAGAGAAAACAGCAAGGAACAAGAAUUAAAUGGGCAGAGAAA